UAUGUACUACCAUAGCUACAGUAACGUUUUACAACUUCCUUAACCAGCUCACCUUUCUAAAGAAACAGGAACUGCAUUCUAUUCAAUAUAAUGAAGCUUUUUUGAGAUUUGAUAUAAUGCUAGAAUUUCCUGGAUUGAAAAGCAGAUCCGAAGAAACUCGCAAUAAAGCGGCCAACGAACUCUUUGAUUAUGUUGUGGCUUGCUCUCGUGAGUUGUCAGGAGAAGCCUUAAUUCAAUUUAACAAUGAAGUUAAUAAAUAUGUAUAUAAAUUAGUUCACAGUAAUGAUUCAGUUGAUCGACUGGCUGGCGUCACUGCCAUUAAUAGACUUAUUGACAUCGAAGCGGAGGAUACUACUCGAAUCACUCGCUUUGCUAAUUAUCUAAGAAUAAUUCUUCCUGGAAACGACCAAACGGCUACAGACUUAGCUGCUAAAGCAUUAGGGCGUCUUGCUGUACCAGGUGGUGCCCUAACAUCGGAAUUUGUGAACUUUGAAGUGAAACGAGCUUUAGAAUGGCUUCAAGGAGAACGGAAUGAAAAUAGAAGAUACGCAGCCGUCUUGAUACUAAAAGAGCUGGCAAAAAAUACGUCUACUCUCAUUUACGCCCAUAUCGACUCGAUAUUCGAAUUUCUUUGGCAUGGUCUACGUGAUCCCAAAGUACUAAUUCGUACUGCUUCUUCAGAUGCUCUUAGUGAGCUAUUGGAAAUUGUACGCCAAAGAGAUUCCCUGAUACGCUUGCAAUGGUACACUCGGAUUCUUGUUGAAGCACAGAAUGGUGUCGCUCAAGGAUCUAAUGAAUACAUACAUGGUAGCCUUCUUGUUUAUCGUCAGCUAUUCUUGAAGGCAGGUAUGUUUAUGCACGAAAGAUAUCGAGAAGUUUCCAAUACCAUUUUGCAGUUUAAAGAUCAUCGGGAUUCUUUGAUUCGAAAAACUGUUACAGAAUUAAUUGCUACGAUUUCUACUUAUAAUCCGGAAGAGUUUGUCUCUAAUUAUCUACAUGUCUGCAUGCUUCAUCUAUUAAACUUGCUCAAGAAGGAACGUGCUCGAAUGCUCGCUUUUUCAACGUUGGGAAAAAUAGCGGUUGCCAUAACUAAUAGUAUAGUUCCAUAUUUGGAUCCUAUAUGUGCUGCUAUAAAGGAAAGCUUAACAGUACAUAUUAGAAGUAAAAAUAGCUCUGAUGCUGCCAUUUUUCAAUGUAUAAGUUAUCUUUCUAUUGCUUUAGGUCAAGCUUUUUCAAGUUAUGCGUACGAUCUGUUUGAUUUAAUUUUUGCAAGCGGUCUUUCAGAAGCUUCAUAUGACGCUCUUUCUCAUUUGGCCCAUAAUAUCCCUCCUUUACUCCCUGUCAUCCAGGAACGUCUAUUGGAUAUGUUAAGUAUUAUUCUAAGCGGCAGACCUUUUAUCCCUCCAGGCUGUCCCCAUCAACAUGUCGUACGUGUAUUGCAAAGUGCUAAGGAAAGUGGAUUAAAAGUUGGCCCCUAUACAAAUGAUGUUUAUGUUUUGGCACUUCAAACUUUAGGUGAUUUCAACUUUUCAGGGUAUAUAUUGAAUGAGUUUGUCAAAGAUUAUGUAGUGACUUAUCUUGAAAACGAUGAUGCUUCCAUACGAAAAGCAGCAGCGGUAACUUGCUGUGAAUUAUUUGUCCAUGAUCCAAUUCAUUCACAAACUAGCGAUCAUGCAAUCCAAGUGGUUGCUGAGGUUUUGGAAAAACUAUUAACUGUUGGAAUAUGUGACACUAAUCCUGACAUUAGACUGACUGUUCUUCUUUCUCUUGACUCUCGCUUUGAUAGACAUCUGGCACAAGUUGACAAGAUCCGAUUACUUUUUAUCGCUAUAAAUGAUGAAGUCUUUUCAAUCAGGGAAGCAUCCUUAAAGAUCCUUGGAAGAUUAAAUGCUUAUAAUCCGGCUUAUGUUAUGCCAUAUCUUCGAAAAUUAAUGCUUAAAACACUGACUGUCUUAGACUAUUCAAAGGUAAUAAGAACCAAAGAAGAAAAUGCACGACUCAUCUGUCUUUUGAUAUCAGCUGCUCCCAAACUAAUAGAAUCACACGUUGGUCCAAUUUUACAGAUAUUGGUACCGAAAGCUAAAGAUUCUAGCCCUUCCGUGGCUGCCAAUAUUGUUAAUUCUUUUGGAGAAAUUUGUCAAAUAAGCGGUGAUACUAUACUUACAUUUAAGAAGGACUUGAUGCCUUUAAUCAUUGAUGCUCUUCAGGAUCAGAGCUCUCCAGUAAAGAGAGCAGCGUCUUUGAGAACUUUGGGUAAUUUGUCAGUUAGUACUGGUUAUGUCAUAGAUCCUUAUCUUGAAUAUCCUUCGUUACUGGAUAUUUUGGUUGGUAUUAUUAAAACAGAACAAGAUAUUUCGAUUCGCCGGGAGACAAUAAAACUUAUCGGUACUUUGGGAGCGCUUGAUCCUAACAGACAUCAAGUACUGGAAAAAGGGACAGAAAAGCUAGUACCUGAGCAAAAAAACAUUCCGUCCGAUAUUUCCUUGUUAAUGUCGGGUAUUGGGCCCUCAUCAGAGGAGUACUAUCCAACAGUGGUUAUCACUGCGUUGAUGAGUAUUCUUAAAGACCCUUCCUUAAGUAUUCAUCACACAGCAGUCAUUCAAGCUGUGAUGUAUAUAUUUAAGACUAUGGGCUUACGCUGUGCUCCAUUUCUUUCUCAAAUUAUUCCUGAAUUUAUAGCUGUCAUGAGAACCUCUCCGUCGAAUAUCCUCGAGUUUUAUUUCCAACAAUUGAGUAUAUUGGUUUUAAUUGUCCGUCAACAUAUAAGAACCUUUUUACCAGAACUUUUUAAAUUGAUUACGGAUUUUUGGAACCCAAAUUCAAAUUUGCAGUUUACUAUAUUAUCACUGGUAGAGUCACUGGCACGUGCUAUGCAAGGCGAGUUCAAGCCGUACCUUCCUCCUCUGUUAGCUAUGAUGCUUCAAGUAUUUGACUCAGAUGUAUCACCAGAUUCCACGAGCAUGAAGAAGGUUCUGCAUGCAUUUAUAGUUUUCGGUGAUACUCUAGGUGACUACUUUCAUAUGUUAUUGGGAUCUCUCAUGCGAUUGUAUGAACGGCAGGAUGUGUCAUUAGAUGUCCGUGAAAACGUUAUGAUAACCAUUGGACGUUUGUCAACUGUAAUAAAUAUAUCUGACUAUGCUUCUAGGAUUAUUCAUCCAAUUAUGCGUACAUUAUCUUCCGGUGCUCCUUCCUUGGUUCGUGUCAGCUUGAAUACUUUAUGUGCCCUUAUCUAUCAACUGGAUGUAGAUUUCGCUAUUUUUAUUCCUAUGAUUAACAAAUCUCUUGUUUCACGUGGGAUAACGCACGAAACCUAUGAUUUGUUAGUUUCAAAAUUCUUUCAUGAGGAACCUCUACCAAAUGAAUUAAAUCCCUAUGAAAAAUACGACAAGCCGAAGCUAGAUGUGGUUGCUUCUGCCGCUGACAUUACAUCCAAAAAGCUACCCGUAAAUCAAGAAAUCCUGCGGAACGCUUGGGAGGCUUCCCAACGUUCAACUAAAGAUGAUUGGCAGGAAUGGAUGAGACGACUCGCUGUAGCACUUUUAAGGGAGUCACCUUCUCAUGCAUUACGGGCUUGUGCUGCUUUGGCUGCUGCUUACCAACCUUUGGCUCGUGAAUUAUUUAAUGCUAGCUUUGUAUCAUGUUGGUCAGAGCUUUACGAUCACUUUCAGGAAGAACUUGUCCGAUCUAUAGAAAUUGCUUUGACUUCGCCUCAUAUAUCGCCUGAGAUCAUUCAAAUUUUGCUCAACCUAGCUGAAUUUAUGGAACAUGAUGAUAAACCAUUACCGAUUGAUAUUCGUACGCUAGGUGCCUACGCAGCUAAGUGUCAUGCUUUUGCCAAAGCGUUACAUUAUAAAGAGCUAGAAUUUAUUGAAGAAGAACUUGUUACCAAGCCCUCUAUAGACACUAUUGAAGCCCUAAUUUCUAUUAACAAUCAGCUUCAACAACCUGAUGCUGCUAUAGGUAUUUUGAAGCAUGCUCAACAAAACGAUAAAAUGAAUUUAAAAGAAACAUGGUAUGAGAAGCUUCAAAGAUGGGAGGACGCAUUAGCUGCCUACGAAAAACGAGAAGCUUCUGGAACUGGUAACUUCGAGAUAACUAUGGGCAAAUUGCGUUGUUUACAUGCUUUGGGUGAGUGGGAUAGAUUAUCUCAGCUGGCCCAAGAAAAUUGGAUUCAUGGUGGUUAUGAGAUGAGAAGAUAUAUAGCACCUCUUUCCGUAGCGGCUGCAUGGGGAUUGGGUCAAUGGGAGCAAAUGGAUGAGUAUAUUUCCGUGAUGAAGUCAGAGUCACCUGAUAAAGCAUUUUUUAGUGCUAUUGUUGCGUUACACCGGCUGCAAUUCGAGGAAGCUUCAGCACAUAUUACGAGAGCUCGUGACUUAUUGGAUACAGAACUUACUGCUCUUGUUGCUGAAAGUUACAAUCGAGCUUACAGUGUCGCGGUACGUGUACAAAUGCUAUCUGAGUUGGAAGAAAUUAUCAGCUAUAAGAAAGCAGAAAACAAACCGCAUGUUCGUGAAGUAAUAAAGAAAACUUGGAUUCGCCGUUUAAAGGGAUGCCAACGAAAUGUAGAUGUGUGGCAACGAAUGCUACGAAUAAGGUCUUUAGUUAUUUCUCCAAAAGAAAAUAUGGAAAUGUGGAUUAAGUAUUCUAAUUUGUGUCGUAAAUCGGGACGAAUUGGACUAGCUAAAAAGUCUCUAGAUUUAUUGCUGGAAGAUGAAAAUCACCUUGAAGGUAACGUCCUUCCUAAAAACGCGCAUCCAUCAAUCAUAUACGCGAAACUUAAGUUCUCAUGGACCGUCGAUGAUAAAAAACGUGCACUUGUCAAUAUGCAAGAGUUUACUGCUCAAUUAAUAUCUGAUAUAAACAUUGAUCCUGCGUUAUUCGCUCAAUCGGCCAUCACUGGUUCUCAAAAAUCACAGGAAGAAAUUCAUUAUUAUUUUCAUUUGCUGGCACGAUGUUACCACAAGCAAGGUCAAUGGCAGCAGGAAAUUGAACCUAAAUGGUCAGAAGGUCUGUUCACUCGUGUGUUGCAAUCCUAUAUGUAUGCUACACAAUUUGACUCGAAAUGGUAUAAAGCUUGGCAUUCUUGGGCUUUAGCAAACUUUGAUGCAAUUAAACAUCUAGAACAAUCCGAGGAUAAUAUACCGUUGGGCGCUUAUGAACAGUAUAUAAUUCCUGCAAUUAAGGGCUUCUUCAAGUCAAUUGCCUUGAGCAAAGGUAAUAUUCAAGAUACACUAAGACUUUUGAGCCUUUGGUUCAAAUAUGGUAAAAAUGCAAAUGUUAUCAACACUUUAAAUCUUGGCAUAGCGACAGUGAAUAUUGAUAUCUGGCUUGAAGUUAUUCCUCAGCUUAUUGCUAGAAUUCAUGCUCCUUCAUUAAAUGUCAGAAAAUCUGUGCAUCAACUGCUUUCAGAUGUAGGUCGUGCGCAUCCUCAAGCACUCGUUUAUCCUUUGACUGUUGCUGCUAAAUCACAAAGUUCGACAAGACAAAAUGCAGCCCUCGCAAUCAUGGAUUCAGUUAGGACACAUAGCGCUCGGUUAGUGGAGCAAGCUAGAUUAGUAAGUCAUGAACUAAUUAGAGCGGCUAUCUUAUGGCACGAACAAUGGCACGAAGGACUUGAAGAAGCUUCCCGUUUAUAUUUUGGUGACCAUAAUAUUGAAGGAAUGUUUGCUGUGUUAAGACCACUUCAUGAAAUGUUAGAACGGGGACCUGAAACAUUGAGAGAAAUAUCUUUUCAACAGGCUUUUGGGCGUGAUUUGAUUGAAGCAAGAGAUUGUUGUAUUCGUUUUGAACAAACUGGUGAUAUUUCUGAUCUAAACCAAGCAUGGGAUCUAUAUUACCAAGUAUUUAAGAAGAUUCGUAAGCAACUUCCUCAGCUAACAACGCUUGAUCUGCAAUAUGUCUCGCCUAAACUUCUGUACGUACACGAUCUUGACCUUGCAGUGCCCGGUACAUAUGUGAGUGGAAAGCCUGUAAUAAGAAUUGUUAAAUUCUACCCUACUUUUAAUGUUAUCACUUCUAAGCAACGGCCUAGACGUUUGAGUAUUAGGGGAAGUGAUGGUAAAGAUUAUCAAUAUCUCCUGAAGGGACAUGAGGAUAUCCGACAAGAUGAGAGAGUAAUGCAACUCUUUGGACUUUGUAACAAUCUUUUAUCCGCAGAUCCUGAAACAUUUAAACGAUUAUUAUCUAUUCAGCGUUAUCCAGUUAUUCCUUUAUCCCCUGACUCAGGUCUGUUAGGGUGGGUUUUAGACAGUGAUACAUUACAUGUGCUCAUACGUGAUUACCGAGAGAGCAGAAAAAUUCUUUUAAAUAUUGAACAUCGCCUUAUUAUACAAAUGGCUCCUGAUUAUGAUCGACUCUCGUUGCUCCAAAAAGUAGAAGUGUUUGAAUACGCUUUAAUGAGUACUACAGGUCAAGACUUGUACCGUGUUUUAUGGCUGAAAAGUCGAAGUUCUGAGGCCUGGCUUAAUAGACGGACAAAUUACUCCAGAAGUCUUGCUGUCAUGUCUAUGGUUGGUUAUAUAUUGGGUUUAGGUGAUCGACAUCCUUCUAAUUUAAUGUUGGAUCGCUAUACUGGAAAUAUUAUUCAUAUUGACUUUGGCGACUGUUUUGAAGUUGCUAUGCAUCGUGAAAAGUUUCCUGAAAAAAUUCCAUUCCGUCUUACCCGUAUGCUGGUGAACGCAAUGGAGGUUAGUGGUAUAGAAGGAACGUUCCGUAUCACUUGCGAGCAUGUUAUGCGUGUACUCCGUGACAACAAAGAGUCUGUGAUGGCAGUUUUAGAAGCCUUUGUUCAUGAUCCUUUAAUUAAUUGGAGACUUGCUCCUGUUUAUUCUCCUACAGUCGACGAAAAGCCGCUAGCCGACACUCAUAACAUUAUAUUGGGUGAUAAUCCAGAAGGUUUACACAGGAAGCGUUUGGAUGAAGAGGGAAUAACGCUGGAGGAGCGUCAAAAGCCUGAGGUUCUAAACCAGCGUGCUGUAACGGUUUUGAAUAGGAUCAAUAAUAAGCUAACGGGUCGAGAUUUCAAACCUCAGCAAUGCUUGGAUGUUCCAAAUCAAGUGGAAAAGCUAAUCCAGCAAGCUACUUCAAUCGAAAAUCUAUGCUUAUGCUACAUAGGUUGGUGCAGCUUUUGGUAAUUUUUUUGUAAUGUCUUACUUUUCAAUGCUUAUUACUUGUUUAUAUAUAUAAUUGAAUCCUACUAGUUUUUUGAUCAUUGCGUGCAAACUGACACUUAAACUUGAGUUACACAAGUUAUAAAUAAUUUAAAUAAUAAUAUUUGAUUAAGCUAAAUUACUAAGA